AUCACAGUCCCAGCAUCGUAUAUGAAAUGGGUGGUAGUAUUGUACAUGCUGCUUUUACAGUGCCGGUAAGCAGUUCAAAUACAUAUCUUGGCAUUGAUGCUGAAACCACAGUGUUAAAACUGAAAUUAUCUGGACUAUGAGCCUGAGAGAUGAAUUUGGCCUGCUGGAAUGGACAUGGCAGCAAUUAAGAAAAGCUAUGAUACUUUGGAUCUUCGUUUUUCUACAAACACCAGCUAAUCUUGAAGCACUUAAAGAAACACAGUACAUCUGGAGAUCGGGUCAGUGGGGUCGAUGUAUUGGUGAAGAGUGUGGACCAAAUGGAGUGCAGAGCAGAACAGUGUGGUGUGUCCACAUUGAAGGCUGGACUACACAUCAUUCCCACUGUAAGUAUGAAGAGAGACCAACAAUUCAAAGGGACUGCUUCAAGGUGUGUGACUGGCACCAGGACAUUUUUGAGUGGGAUUUCUCAAAAUGGCGAGAUUGUGUACUCCGUACAUCUUCAAACAAAGUUAAACCAAGGACCUCCGCUUGUGUCACUGCACAGCGAGGGCUGCAGCAUAGGAAAGUACACUGUGUACGAAAAUCCAACAGAUCGCUGGUAUUAGAUGAGAUCUGUGAAUUCUUUACACCUAAGCCUGCCUCGGACCAAGCUUGCCUCAUUCCCUGCCCACAGGACUGUGUAGCAUCGGAAUUCUCAACCUGGUCAACAUGCAGCAGAGGUUGUGGGAAAGGAUUACAACAUCGUGUCCGCUCAGUGUUAUCUCCACCAUUGUACGGUGGUAAAAGCUGCCCUUCUCUCACGGAAACUAAGAGCUGCGAUCUACAAGUCUCCUGCCUGGUUGGAGAGGAUGAGUUUCAGUACAGUUUGAAAGUAGGCCCCUGGAGUGAUUGCAGACUGCCAUCCCAAAGACAAGUAUGGCAAAAUGCAAAACUAGGACUGAACUUGAGUUUGCAGCCUUCAGAAAAGAAUAAUUUAAAGCAUCUGAUCCACGAACGUUUCAAGCCAUGGGAUAUAAAGAUAGGCUAUCAAACAAGGCAUGCCCAUUGUACAAGAAGUGAUGGAAAAAAUGCUAUGCUCAGCCUUUGUACCCAUGACAACACCCCCGCCAUCUUUCAAUCAUGUGUUAUGCGCAGAGAUUGUGGAGUUUCUGAAUGGUCUGAAUGGAGUAUGUGUUCUAAAACCUGCCAAUCAUCUAGCAUGUCUCCAGGGUUCAGAAGCAGGAAUCGAUUUAUAAAGCAUGCAGCAGUUGGGGGUGGCAGCGAUUGUCCUGUUCUUGAGGGAAAAGUGACUUGCAAUAUUGGAGGCGAAGGAUUACCAGAAUGUCCGAGGUAUGUUUGGAGAACUACAGAUUGGAAUGAGUGCUGGGUGACUCCACUACUCAGUCAGCAGGACUGGCGCAGAAGCAAUCAAUCGGCCUUGUGCGGAGGUGGCAUACAGACACGAGAGAUUUACUGUGCGCAGAAAACAAAUGAAGUUAACAAACAAGAUUUUAAAGAAGUAUCUAGACCAGUGGAGCACAGCCUGUGCACAGAACCAACUCAAGUUACUUCACAACUUUGCAACAUUGCCUGUACGACCGAAUGCUUUGUUUCAGCUUGGACUUCAUGGAGUCCCUGCAUGCCUGAGAACUGCCAAGAGCCUCAAAAAAGUAAAGGUUUCAAGAUGAGGCAGCGGCAUGUAGUUGGGGAGCCCACUGGCAGCGCUGGAAAAUGUCCUCACCUUGUUGAAGCCAUUCAUUGUGAGGACUCUGUUUGCUAUCAUUGGGAUCUGCUUGAAGAAGGUCGCUGCAUAGCAGAAAAUAAUCAAACAUGUGGACAAGGAUUUUACAACCAUAGUAUUCUGUGCAAGAAUAAUCAAGCUGAGAUGGUACCUGAAGACCUUUGCAAGGAGUCGUCUCUCCAUAUUGGCUGGGUAUGUGAGGUGCCUUGUCGUGCUGACUGUGUUCUCAGUGAAUGGUCUGAAUGGUCAGUCUGCUCUCACUCCUGUUCCAGCAAAAAUGCAGAAGGAAAGCAGAGGAGAAGCAGGUCCAUUGUAGCAUUAGCUCACAUCGGUGGAAAGUCAUGCCCUUCUCGCCAAGCUCUGCAAGAAUGGCGAUCUUGUAAUGAUCAUGGCUGCACAGUGUUUCACUGGGAUGCAUCACCAUGGGCUCCUUGCACUGAAAAUAAAUUAGUAACAGCCCUCAAUUCUACAAUCAGUUGGAAUGGUGAGACCACCUGUUCUGUGGGCAUCCAGGUUCGACAGGUCCAUUGCAUAAGGAACAAUUUUGGAUCUGUUCCUCCCAAAAGAUGUCCUGAAACUUCCCGACCUGAAACUCUUCGGCUAUGCCUUUUGCCAUGUAAAAAGGAUUGCAUUGCCACUCCUUUCAGUGAAUGGACAUCUUGCCCUACCACAUGUCAGCAAGGCAAUUCUUCCAACACUAAACAGUCUCGCUACAGAAUUAUCGUCCAGAAGCCUGACAAUGGGGGACAGGAGUGUCCAGAUACUCUGUACGAAGAAAGAGAAUGUGAAGCACUCUCUGUUUGCCCAAACUAUAGGUGGAAAACACACAAAUGGCAUCAGUGUAUUUUGGCACCUGAUUAUGUCAGGCAGGGAACAAUUGGAGCAACUGAGGCCUGUGGUUUUAGUUUACAAUCCAGAGGUGUGGUCUGUAAAACAGGAGAUGACCAACAUUCAGAUGUUUUUGGAUGCUUGAAGUGGGCAAGUCCAAUGCCCCCCCUGGUCCAGAAGUGUUGGAUUCCAUGCCGUGACGAUUGCAUGUUGACUAAUUGGUCCAGGUUCAGUCCCUGUAAAUCAGGCUGUGGAUCAACCCAAAGCCGAUGGAGAUCCCUUGUAGGAAAAAGCAAGAAGAAAGAGAUGUGCCAGAAGUAUCCACUUGUCGAGACCCAGCCUUGUCCAUGUGACAAAUAUAUCAGUCAGCCAUUGGGGAAUUGGUCAGAUUGUGUACUUCUUGAAGAUAAAGUAUCACUACAACUUGGCAUGAAGGUUCAAGGAGAUGUCAAAGUUUGUGGGCAGGGUCUACAGUAUCAAGCCGUAGCCUGCUAUGAUCAGAACAAGAAGCUGGUGGAUCCUCUGCUUUGUGGCAAUUCUGGGUACAUUGAAGAAACUUGCAGUGUGCUGUGCCCAUCUGAUUGCAAGCUCAGUGAGUGGUCAAAGUGGUCUGCAUGCAGCAAAUCAUGUGGAAGUGGAAUACAGACCAGAUCCAAGUGGUUGCGGGAAAAGGCAUACAAUGGUGGCCGUCCAUGCCUUAAACUAGAUGUGAAGAAUCAGGUGUAUGACAGAAUUCCCUGUUAUGGAGAUUGUAUUAAACAUAGUUGGAAAGCUGAACCUUGGUCAGACUGCAGAAUCAAUGGCAGAGAGUCGAUGCACAGCUGUGGUGAAGGUGUUCAGACAAGAAAAGUGAGAUGUGUGCGAAACACAGCUGAUGGACUUGGAAAAAUUGUGGAAGAUGCACUCUGUGGUUACAGUGAAAUACCAGUUGGAGUUCAUCAGUGUUUCCUCUAUUGUCCAGGUGACUGUGUUAUGUCUGACUGGGGCCAAUGGAGUUUAUGUCCAAAAGGAUGUAACAACUUGAACACUCGUGUCCGAGUUCGAUCUCCUCUACGUUUACCAAUGGAUGGGAAAAGCUGCCCUGAAACCUCUGAGGUGGAGCCCUGUGUUCUCAACAAGAACUGCUUUCAAUUUCUUUAUAAUCUAACAGAGUGGAGCUCUUGCCAGCUAAGUGACAAAGCGGUCUGUGGACAAGGACUGAAGAUCCGUUUGCUUGACUGUGUGCAAAGUGAUGGGAAGUCAGUCAGUCUCAAAUACUGUGAGAAGAUGAGAUUGGAAUCAUCCUGGCAUUUAUUUAUGCACUGCUUUAUGGAAUGCCCUGUAAACUGCCAGCUCUCAGAAUGGUCUUCCUGGUCUGAAUGUUCCCGCACUUGUGGACUGGAGGGUCAAAUGAAACGUACCAGACAUGUGCUACAAAAGACCCAUGGAGAGGGAAGGCCCUGCUCCUCCCAUCUAAUUCAAUAUCGACCUUGCCUUGUAAAGCCUUGUUAUAGCUGGGUCUUCGGUGAAUGGUCUUCAUGCAAAAUUGAGGGUGCACAGUGUGGAGAUGGAUUUAAAGUGCGUAACGUAUCUUGUGUUGUUCAUGAUGGGACACUUACUGAAUCAGCAAAGGUGGUGGAGAAUGAGCUGUGCGGUAACAAGGCAACUGGAAUAAACAACAUUGAGUGGGGACAAAAAAUACCUUGUUCAGUGCCUUGUCCAGGUGACUGUCAUCUCACUGAAUGGUCAUCGUGGAGUUCGUGCCACCUCGUCUGCUUGGAUGGAAAGAGAUUUGAAACUACCGGUCACCAAACCCAUUCCAGGGCUGUGAUUGUUCAGGCACUGGAAAACCAGGAUUGUCCUGAACAAAUAUGGGAAGGGCGGCCUUGUACAGAAGGAACGUGCCAUGAGUAUGAGUGGAGGUCAAGUCCUUGGAGUGGUAAUGAGCGCAAUGUGUGGUGUGUCCGCUCAGAUGGUGUAAAUGUGACAGGAGGUUGUUCUCCUCUGAACCAGCCAACUGCCACCAGACACUGCAAUCCAUCCUGCAUUAAACCAUACUCCUUCUGUACACAGGGAGGUGUGUGUGGCUGUGAAAAAGGUUUUGUGGAAGUCAUGACUCCUUAUGGAUUUCUUGAUUACUGUGCAAAAAUCCCCAUGACUGAGGAGAAGAAAGCUGAUGUUAAAACCAACGUGGGAAAGAACAAACUGAACAAUUCAAAAUUCCAAGCCUUUUUUAAUGGAUGGUCCAUUGAUCCUUUUGAUCCAGAUGGCAAGCCAAAGGUCUGGGUUUAUGGAAUAUCUGCUGCAGUAGUGUUCCUCAUUAUCUUAAUUACUGUCUUGUCAUAUCUCAUUUGCAAGAAACCAAAACACCAGACACGGCCGGCUCCCCAACAGAAGCCUCUGACUUUAGCCUAUGAUGGAGAUAUGGACAUGUAAUGCUUUCAGGAGAAGGGACUUCACCGUUGUUCUCUUGAUAUGAAUAGAAUGACAAAAGCCUUAACCUUGUGACAGCACGAACACAAGCGAAGAUGACAAAUCUCAAGAAUGGUUUUGAGAAAUGCUUUAUAAAUUGAGAAUUGGGGACGCACUCUCAGAAAAAAAAAAUCUGUUUUUUUGUUGAAAUGUGAAAGUCGGAUAGCGAAACCUAAGUGAAAAUGAUUAUAUGAAUUGUAUUCCUUUUGUAAAUUGAAUUGUUUAUGAAUUGAAUACCAAGACAUUCUACAGCAUUCCUUGUUCAAUUUUCAUAUUAACAAGUGAAGGAAUAAAUCGCAUUGAACUCCUAGUGCAAACCUACAAAGACAAUCCAAGUGAAACAAAAUGCAUUUACAAUGUGCUAUCUGUAAAUGCAGUCCUGAGGAUAAACAUCAAUGUUUGCUCAAUGUAUUCUAACCGAGAAGAGACUUUUGAACAUUCUGUGGAACUGCACUAUAUUAGUGUAACACAAUUUCUUGCAUUUAAUGAACAAACAAAGAUCAAAUAUGUACAGUGUAUGUGUCAAUGAUUUCAAUAUCACACAAAGUUGUUCUUUUCAAGUGACUUACUCUGAAAGAGAAACAUACUCAUCUUUAUUAGAAAAGAGAUGCAAAAAAAAAAGUUAGGUCAUGGAGCCUUAAUAAACAUUUUGUAAUGAAUGUCUUUUCUCCCAUGGGAAAGUACCUAACAUUUAAUUCGAAUUUAAAGUGCUCAUGAGAGAGUAACAUGAAUCCUCAAUAGGAGAAGCUGUUUUUUCCCCCAAUGACAACGAUAAAUGGUUCACAUAUUUCUGACUUAAGUUCCGUUUCCAAUUCUUAUGAUCCUUAAGAUAAUACCACCUAGUGUAAAUAUUACGUGUUGGUUCCAGACUGAAUGGCAAACCUCACAGUGUGACAAGAUAUUUUUUCCACUGAUUUUCUAUAAAAUAAUCCAUUAGAUAUACCAUAUGAAUGGCAAACAAAGUGGAAUUAGCCAGUAAGUAUGGAUUUUUAUUUUCUUUUGCAAGUUUUAUGACAACUAAAACAAUGUUACAUAGAUAAUUGGUAUCAUCAUGUUCUUUCAUUGACAUUUAGAGCACAAGAGAUUGGCUAUUUUAAAUUUGGUGUGACGGGUUGGACAGCUGCCUGGAAAACAAUUAUUUAAUUAUUACAGUGGUUGUACCAUUCAAACAACAGAUAUUAACAAAGCUUUUACUGAUCAUUUGUGAGCCUCAAAGGAACAGUAUUAACAGCUGGUAAAGUGUGUUGUGUUAUUUUGGAAUGUAUUCAUCGCUCUGAUUGGGAACAGAUUCAAUGUAUUUUCUUGAAAAUAAACCAGACGGCAGGUGGUCAGA